AUGUCUUCUUCCCUUCCGACCUCUGCUGCUGGCAACAUGCAGCCUCCUACCACUCCCACCAACCAGGGCAUUCCACCCUUUCCCACCGAUUCCUACUCUCCGCUCGACCCGCAAAUGUCGCCGGGCCUCGUCAGAGUCAUGCCUGUUGCCGCUGACGGUCUCGGUGCGCCUGUGUCUGGCUCGAUCCCCGUUAUCCGAAAGGAUAACAACAAUAUCGGUCGCCCAGCGCCUGCGAGGGACGGACAAGAUCUCAACAUGCCGAAGAAGAAGGCUGCAAAUGACAACUCUGCCGGCAACGUCUUCGAUGACGAUGAUGUCGAAUUCCUCUCUCAACGCUUCAAGACACCCACCAAGGUCAAGCCCAACACCAAAGUCUACGCUGACAUCGCCUUGCCGUCGGUAGAAUCCCACAAGAGCAGUUCCACCGCAGAAACAGCCCACGAGAUGUCGCUGACGAUCAAUCAUCGAGAUCGAAACAAGUCUGCUCCGCCUAGACAGCCAGGAGUGCAAUUCCACCCUGUGGUGCGCAAGAUCGACUUCACGAAUCGCAAUAACGAGGCCGAGAUCCUUCCUCCGCCGGGCACACCACUCUACAAAGAAUUGAUCUCAUUUGUCAUGCGCUGGAGUAUCUGGCUCCCGCAUGUGCGUGACGACCAGAAGCAUGACAAGGUUUUACACCACAUCUGUAAAGUCCUCCAAAAGGCGUGGGACGAUGGCAUCAAGAAAGGUCAUAUUCCUGUGCGGGUCCCCAUUGGGUGCGAAUCUUUCUCUCCUGAAGAGCUCGAGAAGGCCUUCGAGGUCGAGCGUGGUCGCGAAGUCCUCGAAAAGCUCAGCAAGAAGAACGAUCCUGCCAAAGUCGUCGUUCUCGAGAUCAAGCGCUGGCUCCAGGCCGACUAUGACCGCUUCCACAAGCAGAGAGGUCCCAUCCCCACCCCUCCCGACCGCUCGAUCACUGCUGGAGAGCUGUCAGAAGCUGGCGUCAAAUGGAGCGUCGUCCAGGCUCGAGUUGCCCGUGGUGAUUUUGAGCAGGAGGGAGAGCUCAUCGAUCGUGCCACGGGUGGUAAGCCAAUCGUGCCAUCGAAACAUUGGGCAGCGACCAAGCCACAGACGCCCUUCAAUCCGUCAGGUCGAGACCUGAAGAUGUUCUGCCUUUGGGAGGUCGGCCGGUGCGACAUGAUGAUCGAACAACUCGAGGCAUUGGUUGAGAACGUUGAGGACGCCAAACAGGAAGCACGCGCUGUCGCUCAGUCGUCCCUUGAUGCGCAGCAGUUGCUCCGCAGUCAGCUCAUGGCCAUUGCUCUCGAGCUUGAUUCGGAGACCAAGUCGUCCGUCGUGCUUGACGACGACGAGGUCGUAGAAGUCAGCAUACAAGAAAAGAAGCUGGCUGUCCAAGACGCGGACAAGUUACAGAGCCGUCACAGCACUCGAGCCACUUCGUCCUCUUCCAUCCAGAUCAUCCCUAACCAGGCGAAGCAUCGCAAUCAGUCGUCAGCGCCUUCCGAGUCCUACGUCGAGCAAGAGAUCGGCAUUCUGUCCAUCCCAUCCAGCAAGCCGCAGGCACAUUUCGAUCUACGAGACUACCUCCAGAACAACAUCCGUCCAAAGGCCAACGACUUGCUCAAAGCUGAAGGACAACCUCUGUUAGAAGACCACAUCAACAGCUGGGCGCCCAUCAUCAGAUCUCUCAAAUCUGCCGGCAUCGCGGUAGAGAAACGUAAUGAGCUUGCUGUUGAGGUCAAUGCUGUCAUCUUCAAUCUCAACAGAGAGAAGGAAGAUGAUUUCAGCAGUUAUCCGUCUCCGUUGGAAGUAUGGCGCGCGAUCCCGCCGCACGGCUUCGACAGUGACGAGCUCAAAGCCGAGUUUCCGCGUAUCGAACGCUCAGAUCGCGUCUGGAUCAAACUUGUCAAGUCAGUUGCCAACAUUAGCAGCGGUCGCUUCUAUCCAAAGUUGCAGUCAGAGGCCUUCCCAGCUCCUGAGCUGCCGCCGAUUGGAUUUCGCGCUCGCAAAGAGGUCGUGCUCAAGUCUUUCAAGGUCUCCGCCUUCGAUCCCGAAGCGUACUCAUCCCGUACUAUCAACAACACAAAGGGCUUCCGCUGGCGAUACACGAACGAGUCGACCAUUGCUCAGCGUGCCUCCAUGGACGAGGUGGUCGAGCGCUACGUCGAAUACAUCCUCAACGUCGACGAUCACAAGCACGCUCAGAUGUAUGGCAAGAACCACCCACUUCCUCGUCGUGGACGCUACGAACGUCUGGCCCACCCUGCUGAUCGAGAUGGUCCUGCUAUUGUUCAUGGCAUCUGGGACGUUGCGAAAAACAGACUUGUGACCGAUAUAGAGUGGCAAUGGUUUUAUGACGGCGAGGAGCGCGACAUCACCGUCGAUUAUGGCUACAAGUCAAACGAGCCACUGAUCUUUACUAAUGACAUCGCUGCAGCUGAAGCGUGGGCGGCUCAAUUUCGUGCCCAAAAUUGGGCUCGUGAAUUAGCUCAGCUCCAAGACGCUCAGGGUAUUGCUCCUGCCACCAUCGAGGCCCAACCCGCUCCUAUCACUUCAAGCAAGGGCAAGGGCAAAACUAAGGCUACUCCGACACUGCUUACUGAUAGCUCUUCUUCUGCUGGUAAAGCCAAGGCGAAACUUGUCCUGAAGACUCCCAACAACGCAAGCAAGAAGGACAACAAGCCCACCAGUGCUUCUGGCAGCAGUGGCAAGAAGCGUAAGAUCAAGGAAGAACACCAAGACUCGCCGCGCCCCAAACGCCAGACUGCCAGUCGCACUCCGACUGGUCACUACAUCGAGGCUGGAGAGUCUGACGACGACGACAACAUGUCCGACUAUGAAGAUCUCUGA